AUGUCUGAAGAGAUCGAGGUUCAAACGUUUGAAGAAGACGAAGUUGAGGAAUUACUAUCUCAACAAAUUCAUUUUGAAAUAUCUGAAGGCCAUGUUCGAUGUCUUAGACUUUCUUCUGAUCAACUUACCUUAAUUGUUGGUGUAGAAGGUGGUCGUGUAUUGUUUUACGAUGUUACAAAAUUCGCUUCGGAGCAAGCAGAAAGCAAACCCUUUCAAAUAAUGUCGUUUCCAGAUGAUGUUAAGGAUAUUCGUCCAAAUCCUGGAGAAAAGCAUAGCCUAAUAGCCAUCUUGCUUGUAUCUGGCAUAGUGUACAUAAAAGAUUAUUUAUUAAACAAUGAAAUUAGUAAAAUAGAAGGCAAUAAACUUAUACAAUUUACUCCAGAGGGAACAUCUAAAGCCAUUAUUCAACCGCCUCCAGACUUACAACAACAGUCACAUUGUGUCAUUAUGUUUUUUUCUCCUUUUCACAUCUGGGUUUAUGAUUCAAAAGUCCAGAACGUCCUUUGGCCAGAAACUACUUUGCUUGUUGUGGCAUAUUUUCCGGUUAUUCAAGAAGAGGAUUCAGAACUUGAAAUUUUUGUUAUUUCGCGUGAAAUAAAGUCAAAAUUUCUUUACAUGAAAUGUCCAUUAAUAUGUACCCAAUCCGAUCGCCCUAAACUUCCUUACCUAUACAUGGAAACCGUUAAAGAUUGGGGUACAAAUUUGAAAUGUCUUAUUAUUUGUGCAAGUGCUAAUUCUGCAGACAUAAAUUUGAUUGCACAAGAUGCAUCAAAUAAUUGGACUAGCUUGAUUCUUUCAGAAACAAAUAGGGCAGCACUUCCGCUAUCAGAGAUCCACGAUUCUGAUACUUUACCCGUUGGUCUAGCAAUUGAUUUCACUUGCACGGAACAUUGGGUUACUCGGCUAACCGGUGAUGAAGAUACAGUAGUUCCACCGGUACCUCUACUGUAUAUUUUGAAUGAUGAAUGUGACAUAAUCGCGUAUCGUUGUUUUCAUAAGGACGAAAAUUUCUCUGGGAUGGCGCCUCCCAAAGUGCUUCCUACUACAGGGCAUUCAUCAGAAGCGCUUCCUCCAAAGCAGGAUUCUACAGCAAUUGCACAGAAUUGUACGGCUCCAUCGCCUGCAGUUAUACCUGUUAAAACAGAAUCACCUAUUAUUGCUCCAAUAAAAACAGCAUCACCUAUCGUUGUACCUAUCAAAACAGCGUCGCCUGUAGUUGCCCCUAUCAAAACAGCAUCGCCUGUAGUUGCCCCCAUCAAAACGGCAUCACCCAUUAUUGCCCCUAUCAAAACAGCGUCACCUAUAGUCGCACCUAUUAAAACAGCAUCACCAAUUAUUGUUCCUACUAAAACGGAACCUUCAACUAGUAGUCUCGCAUCAAUCGCAAGUUAUGAUAAAAACUUUUUAUCGCCAAAAAAAAUUAUAUCAUCACCUCCGGUUUAUACACAAUCCCGCAAUUUGGGCUCAACCCAACAAUUGACGUCCACUGAAACUGACUUGAAGACUCCUCACAUGAUUCGCUUGAAUGCUACUGAAAAUGAAAUCAAUGAUCUUCAUAACCGAAUAGAAGAUAUGGGAAAUAAUUAUAUAGCAAAAUAUCAUGAUCGAACAACUGAACAAUAUCUUGAUAAUCUCGAUAGUCUCGAGACAUUGUCGAUCGGUGAUUUGCCAAUAAUAACAUCAGAAAUAAAUCGAUUGGAGAACGAAGCUAGCUCUAUGACUCAAGCUUUAGUCGAUUUGCGGAAUCAAGUUAAUGAAUACAGUCAUGAUGUCCGAAUAGAUAUUCAACACCUAAUGUGCACACCUUCUAAUAUGAUUAAUGUUGGUCGUCGUGGGAUAUUACAAUCUCGCAUAAAAGAGAGGCUAGAAACUACUUUUAAGACUGUUAAGGAAAGUGCGCAAGCUUUGGAGACACAACUAAAUGCAUUACAUGAGCAAAUUCAAGAGAAAAAAUCUAACAAGUCAAUAAGGCAAAUAUCUUCUGGAGACGAUACUUCUAAUCGUGAAACAUUUGUAUCUCACACAAUCAAUAGAACUGAGCCAAAUAAGACAUAUACUAAAAAUAUUUCAUAUUCAGUUGAUGCAGCGAAAGCAACCGCUGCUUACCUUAAUAAAGAACGUAUUUGCGAAAAGCUCAAAAAUAUAAAUAAAUUUAAUAGAAAGGGUCCCGUCAAAAACAGUAUUUUCGAAGAAAAUGAAGAUGAAUUUAUUGAAAGAAAAUCUAUGUCUCCAAUAAUAAUUUCACCCAAAAAAAGUCCAAGUGCACUUAAGCCUCGUGCAUUUUCUCCAACACAAAUUCAUCCAACUCAUGAAAGCAAGCCGUAUCGCUCACGCACAACGAUUACGAGUCCUCUAAGAAAGAGCGUUUAUCCUUCAGAGCCUUCUAGCGAUUAUCAAUUUCAGCCUAAAGCAAUGUAUGAUACGCCUAUUAGGAGUAAUAUAUCAUAUCAGACGGAAAAUGUGGAAGACAGUACUGAGAAAUACCAAGACUAUGAGGACAGACGACCAUUUCUUCACGACGAUAUAUAUUCUCUUCCCGAAAACCUGGGAAUUCAAGAAACAGACCAUGCAGCAGAAGUGUCAUCAAGCAUCAAAUUCCAAGAACCUAUCGAAAUAGAGGCAGAGUCAUCUCUAUCAUAUGGCGAUAAGACUGUGGAAUCUGAUGAGUUAAACUUGUAUCGGGUGUCACCGAAAUUUAUACCUACAUUUAUCUCUAAGGAUAGUGAGACAACACAGGAGUCAUCAACGCUUGAAACGACACCUUCAUAUCAAGGUAAAGAAGAAGUACAAUAUUCUGAUUCUUAUCGGGAUGAAACUCAAGAUUCUGUUGAAUCGAAAAUUGUCGCGCCUGAUGUAUCCGGAUUGUCAAAAGCUUCCGAACUUAAACAGGCCUAUGACCAUUUCGAGGAAGAUUCCAAAUCUGGAGCACUACAAUUAGUGCCUGAUACAAUUGAAGAAGAUAAAAAUAGUAAUGAAUUAAUGGGGGUCUCUGAAAAUUUUGGUUCAUUUGGGCUAGGUGAACCAUCAGGAACAAAUAAUGCAUCUGGUUCGCAAGGUAGUUUUGGUUUGUUUGGAGAUAGGUCACUUAUAAGUACUUCUACUAGCAUUCCUCCUGCUUUUGGUAAGCAGACAUUUGGUACAGCAACAUCUGCUCCUAUUGUGUUUGGAGCAGGAUUACAACUUGGCGGUAACGCCACAGGUAUUCCACCAGCUUUUGCAACACAACCUAGCAAUGUAAAUACAUUUAGUUCAUUAUCUGCUAAUUCUCCUCAAGCAUUUGGACAACCAUCGUUUGGUCAAACUGGCUUUGGACAAUCAUCACUUGGUGCACCUAAAGCACAAGCAUUUGGGCAACCAGCAUUUGGACAACCAGCAUUUGGACAACAUGGUUUUGGACAAACGCGGACGUUUGGAACUCCUUCCGCACUUUCCGCAAAUUUGAAACCUCCAAGUGGUGGCGGAUUUGCUCGGUUUGCAAGGUAA